CGGGGGUUAAAAUCUAAACGAGGGGAAAGGAAAUAUGGUAAAAACAGAAGACGUAUCUACCAUGGCGGACAGCUGGAGAGCAGUGUUUGAGAGAAGCCGGUUGGUUCCGCCACCCAGCCAGACAGUCCGCCUGGCUGUGGAAAGCCACCUCACCCAGUCCCACGGCUUCCAGCUCACCCUCAGCCGGCUCACUGCAGCUCACCUCCCGCAGUCACAGGAGAUGCCAGAGGUGGAACAAGACUUGACCUACCAGCUGCGAGUGACCCUGUUUGAUAGAAAUCACCAGCACUUCUUUGGAAGAACAUGGAAGAGCCCACCGCUGAGGAUGAAAAACAACAAGAUGUCCUUCAACAAGGUCCUGUACUUCCAUACAUCUCUGCGGUUGCCCAGCACAGUGGUGGUUCUGGAGCUGGUGCUGUUGUCACCAAGGCCAGACGGUUCCCAGCAGGCCCUGGGUCGAGGCUUCACUGUCCUGGAGCUUUUUACCAACAGGCCUGAGGCUCAGGCUGCUGAUGGCGACAGGAGGCUGAAUCUACACCAUGGAUCACCAAGAAGCCUGCUCCAUCCCCUGCUGAAGGACACAGUUGACUACAGCAGUCUCCUGAAGACUAUUGAUGGUACACAUUUGGACUGUGUUGUAAAAAGACAUCCUGCAUUGGCUUCCAUGAUGCACCUCCUUCCAGAAAAUGUCCUUGUAUCUGGAGAUGAGAACAUUCCUGGGCUCGCAGUUUCUCCUACAGGAGAUGCUCUGCUGAGGCCUCAGCUGCUCAAGAUGCUGCCCUUCACCCUGAACAGACUGACUAUCUCCCUCCAGCCGUCCCUAGAGAAGUUUGAGAGCCAGCUGCUGCAGCUGAUCAAUGCCGACUGCCACAACACAAAACAACCAGGACCGGAGGGUACACUGAGGACAGUUGUCAUCCAAGAAAGGAGGCUCCACGUCGGUGUCCACAAUGGAUGGUGUUUCCUCAACAAGCCCCAAGUGGUGGUGCUGGAGCCUUUAGCCUCAGGGGCCAGAGGGCGAGCAGACAGCGCCUCCAAACAGAGCACUGCAGUCAAGGACAGCUCUACAACAUCAUCCCCCCCUCAGAUCCUGGGCCUUCGCAGCAGCCUGGAGCUCAAGAUGACCAAUCACCAGGCUUUGGCAAUUGUCUUCCAGCUGGAGUAUGUCUUCUCUGCUCCAGUGGGACGAGAGACUAUGCUGUCUGUCACCUCCUCGUCCCGAGCAGCCUUCUUGCAGUGUCUUCGUUGGGGGAUUUGGUGUCCCUUCCAGGAGCCCGUUGACUGGAAGGGGGAAGAGAUACAGCUUGUUCUGCAAGGAGGUGCAAAGCCAAACCCUCAUGGAGUCAUGGUCUACAGCACAGAGGUGUCUGCCAAGACUCAGAGCUCUGCGCCACUUUCAGCUCCAGGCACAGCUCAGGUGAAAGAUACGAUAACGUUUCGGCUGUCGUCCAGUCUGGAAAGGAAGACAUCCAGCCCUAAGGCGUCUUUGAGGACAAAGCAGGAAGAUAUGCCACGUCAGAGAAGAUCACCUUCAUCGCCCUCUCAGGGCCAGAAAAACGUCUCAGCAUCUUCUCCUCCAGAAUCUCCUCAAGGCCCCGGGCUCUCACUGUCUCAGCUGGCAGCUACAUCACGCUACCCGACCAUCAGCCACUCCAGCUCGGCGUUGCCGUGGCAACAGUCGUUUCCUUCUCUGCUCCAUCCUUCCCCGUUGGCAUCAGCCCACCAGCUGUCACAUGUCGCCUGCUCCGCUGUCAGCAACAUAGCCCACCUGGAAAUGGACCUUCAGCGGGAGGGGGGUGUGUCACCUUCAGCUCCGAAUGAAGGAGACCAACUUCAGGAGCUGCCCUUCACCCCUGUCCACGCCCCUGUCAUCACUCUGGGGAUGAAUGUGCCAAGUUCCUCCUCAGUCAGCUCCAGGAGUUCACUUGCCCACCUCUAUUCCGCCGGCUUUCCCGAGAUUGUGGACUGUAGCGGGCAGGUGGCGGAAGUCCUGGACCCCACAGAGCCAGUGACCUUUGACCCCCAGCGUGAAGAGGCAGACCUUCUACAGGGCAACCUCCUGGUGUUCCAGUUUCUGGCGUUCACCAGAAUACCAACGCCAGGUGCUGGUCCUGAUUGGCCCAACAACAUCUACUUCACCUUCCAGUUCUAUCGCUUCCCACCAGUCACGUCGCAGCAGCUCAAACUUCUGACCAGUGCCAAGGUUCAGCACAAAACUCGCGAGCCACUUCCCUGUGUCCUGGCUUCCAUCAACAAGGACGGCACUGUCAACUCUGGCUCUCCAGGUCUGCAGGUGCAGUUCAGAGUAGAUGAUGGGUUCCUGAAACCAGGAGAGAAACGCUGGUUCCUUCGCUACCUGGCCCUUCACACCAUGCACAUUGACAUCUGGGACAGCGACUCAUUGCUCCUCAUAGGAUCUACUGCCAUUGAGCUCAAGUAUAUGUUGCGUCAGGGUAGACCAGGAGUACAGGCCCUUCAAGAGGUGGAGGUGCUGACCACUGAUUACGUGGGAGAGGACACCCCACUGACGAGUGCAGACUUGGGUCGACACUCAGCCUCCGGGCCCAUGACGGUCCACACCGUUGUCAGGGGCCGGUUGCACAUACGCACGGGCAACAUUGGGUGCCCAGUAGAUCCUAGCAGGAGGAGGGCAGCAGACGUGAUGCCGUCUCACUCUCACAUCAUCACACCUCGCGAAGUCACCAGUGGCUUCAGAGGAGGAAGCCUGUCCUCCAGAAACGUCCUCCAACUCAAUGCGAGGAACACCGCACAAGCACACAGACUGGACCUAGAUGGGGAUCGUGGGCUGUUGUUCAGACACAGGAUCCGACAACCUGACAACAUCAUUCCCGGAGAGCUCAAGCUAAAUGAACCGGACGGUGGGCGCCGCAAGUUCGACUGCAUGGCUGCCGUGCAUCGGCGGGAGGGCAAGGAAGGUGUCAGAGCAGCUAAGGCCACGACCAAGGAAGCCCACCUGUCCAGAGAACUUCUUCAGAUCAAACCCAGCGAAGAUCUCAGCAAGGCACAGAGCAUUGCCAACAUGCUGAGCCAGGCCAUCACCACCCAACACGUCCUCUACGCCAGCCUGGGCUCCGCUGAGUACAUGGAGUUUGUCCUUAAAAAUCCCUUUAAUGUACCUCAGACUGUCACCAUCCACAGUGAUGACCCUGAGCUCAGUGUCAUCACCAACACAGAGGAGUGGUUCUACUUCAAAGCACUAACCAAAACUCCUACUCCACUGGAAGAGAACAUGUUCCACUUGGAGGUGGGUGCCCCAGGUCCCAAGGUUUACCUACGACCCAAAGAGAGCAUCCAUAUUCCCCUGAAAUACCAGAGCUUCCUGUGCGACCACACCAUGGCCCUUCAGGGACCGAGCUUCUUACCUCCAGGCAAAGGUUCUCAGGUGGCCAAGAGGAAUCUGUCCAAUAUUGUUGCUGCCAAAACUAUCAAGGUUACUUUCAAAGCAGAAGACGACAAGCCCAUGGCCAUCUGCCAGGUGAACGUGGAGCCAACACCCCAUGUGGUCGACCAGACUUUCCGACUUUACCACCCUGAGCUCUGUUUCCUUAAGAAGGCCAUCCGCCUGCCGCCCUGGCACGACCCCACAGUUGGAGACCCAGAUGCCACAACCUACAUUUCCGUACGCUGCAGUGACCCCAACAUCAUCUGCCAGACAAGGAUGCUGGUGCCAGGGGAGCCUCAGGAUGUAUACUUGAAAGUGCCAGGGAGUCCCAGUCCACACAUAAAAAUGUUCUUUGUGAUGGUUUUCACUGAUAAGUGGAUGGCAGCGCCCUCCCAGAUCUGGCAGAUUUACGUGCAUUUCCUGGAGCGGGUGGAUGUCAGCUGUGUGACUGGCCAGCGGACCUGUCAAUCACUGGUGCUGAGGGGAAAGCAGGCUGUUCGCAAGGUCAAGUGUUUCUCAUCACACCCCAAGGAGAUUGAGGUGGAUCCAGAGGGUGUGUUUGUUUUGCCUCCAGCAGCGGUGCAGGAGCUCCAGCUGAAUGUGCAGCCAUGGCGGGCUGGCAGCCGCUUCCUGUAUGUGAAUGCGGUGGAUGUGGAGAACCAGCGACUAGUUACCGCCUGGCUGCUCUGUCUCAAUGUCCAUCAGCCUGUGCUGUCCAAGGCAUUUGAAGUGUGUGUCCCAGUCGGUGGUGGGCGUGGUAGCUCAAGGAAAAUCACCUACACCAACCCCUACACCAGCAGCCGCAAGUUCCUGCUGCGCUCCGACCAUCCAGACCUGCUCCAGUUCAAAGAGGAUGAAUUCCAGGUCAGGGGGGGAGAGAGUUACACCAUUGGACUGCGAUUUGCCCCCAGCCAGAGUCCUGGCUCAGUGGAGAUCCUGGUCUACGUGAACAACCUGGAGGAGAAGACAGAGGAGACGUUCUGUGUGAAAGUCAACUACUCAUGAACUGAUAUUUGUUUGCUUCAAACGCAGAGUAAAACCGCUUGCAAUAAGUGUUUAAAAUGUGUUUUCCGAGUGUGUAUUU